AGCGUUCUUUCUAUGGGUCGUACAAGUGCGGAUGCCAGAACCCAGUCAGGCAUCAUGCUGUUCAAGUCCCAGGCCCUCAAACGUUGCCCGCGACAAGGUAAUUCUCCGCUGUGGACACAUUUGGUUUGGCUACGUUUACCCCUUGUCUUUCAUCGCAUCAAGCUUCUUGCGAGCAAGCACUAUAGCCAGUGCAAUUUACGUACUGCUUGCAUUCCUAACUCUGUUUCUGCCUGUCAUCUUUGGACAUGAGACCUGCAGGUGGCAAAGACUACAGCUAUUGGUUUGCUUGAUUUGCGCGAGCCUCUUUUUGGCCGCGGCAAUUCUGCUUAUAUUGUGUAGGCAGCAACUGUUGCUGCAUGAGCCAAAGGCCCUUUUGGCCGCAAAACUGCUCUUUUUCGGAAUCGUUGGAUGCCAUGGCGAAGGUGACUUGCUGCCUGAGGGCAUUGCUUUUUGCACAGCCCUGCUGGGCUGGCUUCUGGGAUGCUGUGCCAAGCACAUACAGGUGCCUCCAUCAGCUUCGGCUGCGUAUGCCAAUCCUUUGAUGUCUCAAACACGUCUUGUAGUAGUGACUCUGAUUCUAUUCUGCUCUGCCAGUUUGCACUUCAAUGUUUUUGCAUUGGUGUACCAUGUUGCAACAGUGUCUAUCAUGUUCUAUUGGGCCUGUGUCAAUCCCUAUAGUUCGGGUUCUGACAAGGACUGCGUUCGAGCAGGACUGAUUUUUCUCCGCUUUACCUUGCUGACGGUAUGUUCGGCACAAGUGCUGUCAGUUUCACUUUUCAGUCUUCCUGGGCUGCCAAUUUUCCUCUCAGAGUCAGUGGCCAGACUGUUGGGCUUAGAGGUGUCUAUCCUGGUGUGCUGGCAAAACUUGACGAGUUUUCUCCUCAUUCAACUGCUUGUGUGGCCUGCAUCAAAGCCAAAGACCAAGCAGUCCUUGGAGAAAGGGGCUUCAGAGGAGUUGCAGCACAUGGAGCAGGCACCAUCACCAGCUACCUUGGCCACGGAGGACCGCGGAAGCCCUGUGCUGAGGAGACAGGAUACGGAAAUUGAUGAUCAAGUACAAGGAGGAUCGCGUGCCAGCGCUUUCACCUGGUCAUUUGUUGCUGAUCAGGUGGGCUUUGCUGCUGGCCGUGCCCUACUUCCCCUAUUCUCAAUGAUUGCCUUAUUCGUGGUCUGGCCUUCACUGAUGACUUUGCCGCUUCUGCUUGCUGGAUUGUCCUUGCAUCACAUUCCAGUGGAUCGCUUCCCGCUUUGCUUCUUCAAGUUGGCCUUUUGCUAUGAAGUCGCAUGCAGUCUCAUUUGGUUUUGCUACAACAUAGGCUGCUCUAUGACGGCGUCACCAUUGUCAACUGUGCCCUACGAGUUCACUUGGCUUGAGCGAGCUGGCUUACAGUGCUACCUUCGCGCAGGACCCUUGAAUCCAGAGCUUCGGCGAUACUUCUUUGCGGUGGGUCAGGGUUUGGCACUGACAGCCGUGGCUGCAUGUGCCAGGAGCAGAACUCGGCAGGCGAUUGCUGCACAUCAAAAAAGAUCAUCCAUGUCUGCCUCCGAGGACGUGGCUGGAUCAAGACCCUUAAAUGCAGGGAGUUGUGCUGCAUCAACAUUCGUGCGCAAGGUGGUAGCAUUUUCGAGGCCGUUCACAGUGACACUCGUGAUCUUAGUGAGCCUUGGACAAAGUCCUCCCAACUUAUUUGGCCUUUCGUACAUGAUUUGGUUGGUGGGCCUUGCUUUAGCUGGGGCUUGGGCGUCCUAUGUAGGCUCUGGAUGGGACCUCCUCCGUGCCAAUGCAUUCAUUUGGCGAAGCCUACUCUUGCUGAGCAACUGCAUAAUUUUAGCGCUGUCCUAUUGCCAGGUUAUGCAAUCCCAAAGUUUUGAUUUGAUCGGAUUGCAGAGAUCUUCACAGUCUGUCCUUGAGGUGAUUUGGCCGCAUUUGGCCAUCGGAGUGCUGGCUGCCAUGCAGACAUUGGCGUUUUCACAGAAAGUGCAGAUUCCAGCGAUGUUUGUGAACAGCAAUUCCGCCUUUGCAUGGUUCCUUUGGAUUGCGGGGAUUUUCAUUGAGAUGGGGCUAAUGCUCAAUUUCGUAAUGAUCAAGCCCUUCACGGCCGACUCCUUCUUCAUUCUAAUUCUCUUCCUAGGCAUUGUCGCUGUAGAGCAGUUUGAUGCGCCGAGUCGAUGGCGAAACUGGCUCCUCACUGCCACAGCAGUCUCCUGCGCAAUCCUUGUGCUAGCGCGCUACACCAUACUGAUGCCCAAGGUCCAGGAGCGGCUUGAAGAAAAAUUUGCUCAUGGCUCAUCACUUCCAAAGGAAAAAUUUCAGAUUAUUUGGGAGGCAUUUGCACUUGGAGACACCAGCUUUGAGGUGCAGGUGAAACUGGGGUACUUGGCUACGACGAUGCUUCUUUCCACGGGCUUGCGUCGCAUUUAUCGCUUUGGAGCUGCUGUUGUGGCCUAAAGGAGCAGCUUAAAGGGCACGAGGGUCGUGCAGUGACUGGAGAGUGUGAGAAGCGAGCCUGAUUGGAGCCCG